AGUUUGUACUGCAUCCUUGCGUAUGCAGGAACUCCAAUAGCAGGCGGUAAUGAUGCAUCGUAUAGUCAUUUUUGAUCAAUAUAGAGAGCAAACGACUAAUCUCCUUUAACAGAACUUGAAAAAAUACUAUCUUCCAAAGUAUUAUUCGAGGAAACGCAAUAGUUGUUGUCAAUACCAAAAAUAGGAGAAAAUAAAAUCAACGGUGUGCGCAGGCGUUAAUAUCGAGUGCUCCUUUUGAAGCGGGCUUGUGUUUACGUCUACAAGCUAACGCUAUACUAGCAGGUACAGUAGAUUUAACUGCUCACUUUGUGUAAUCUGUUGAUAUUAAAUCCAAGUUUUGUGACCGUGUGUAUAGCUGUAUUGUGAUAAAUAUCCAUUAGUCGAGAGUGGGUCAAGUAUUUUUUCUGUCAUUAAAAAAAUUGAAAGCAAAUGACAGUGAGCUAGCUCCCUAAAGCUGCCCAGCUGAGGCACAGCUGCUGUUACCGAGUCCAGAUCAGCUGAGAAUUUACCGCUUUAUGCAAACCAACGUGAGCUGUGUGAUACUUAAGCAUUGUUUUGCACUUCACAACCGGUUCUUUGGAUUUUUUAGGUAUGGCAGACGAGGCUCUGUUUGAUUUCCUCCACAUGGAGAUCGUGUCACAUGUUUACAAGGAGCAGCAGUCCAGUAAAGGAGAACUGGACAACAAGGUAUGUUGAAUGAACAUGAACGAACCACAAGGACUUAUCCUAGAACUGUCCACAAUAUACUAUGUGACAUCUCCUUUGUUGUCUUCUCCUUAGGACAGAGCUGCGUGCGUUUCUGUCCUGGAAAGCAUGGGCUUCAGGGUGGGCCAAGGGCUCAUAGAGAGGUAAGCAAGCGGCACACAGAUAGGGGAGAGUGGGGUAAGACAAGACAUUUUUCAUAUUUCGGAUCACGACAUCAAGUCAAUCAUAGUUUUGUCUCUAACUAGCGUAUCUGCAUAUAUUUGAAGAUAUUGUGCAUCCCUGCAAACCAACAGCACGAGUGUAAACAUAAUUGUCUUGAUAAUAUAGCAUGCCAAAAAAAGUGGUCUCAUAUGGUCGACUUACCCCGUGUAUGGGGUAAGUUGACCAUAGUAGCGGGGUAAGUUGAGCUGUAUCCACACUACCCCCAGCCCUCCCUCACCAUCUCUCUCCUUAAAGAACAGUCACUUCUUCACAUUCAUGUAACUCAUAUACACACAUGUAAUUCAUAUAACUGUUAAAAAGCUUUUUUGUAAAAAGACAUUUUAACAUGAGAAUAACUUUAAGUGAUUCGGAACAUUCACAGCUGUAUUUUUGACAAGACAAAGUAACACAUUUCUAAAAUCUGAACUGAAACUCUGAUCCUCUCAUCAGACUUCUUUACUUUUUCAGUUGAGCCACUCAACUUACCCCUGAACUACUAUUAUGACUUUAUUAGUCCUCUAAGCUAAAAUGGUGGACUUUUAUAUUAGGUUUUUGACCUCAUGUUGUAGCUCAUAGAUACCACAAUUGAUGUGUAAAACAAAUUUAAAAUGAUCUUUUUUGGUCUGAACACAAUUCUAAUAAAACUUAUGACAGACUAAAUUCACUUUAUUUUAUUUUUUGGGGGAUUUAAAUGUCCAACUCCUUCACCCAUGUGCUUCUAACCUUCACAGACUCCAUGAAUUGAUGCCCAUCUCCUAAAUAUUUCGUCACAUGAUCAAUUUCUUUUACCAUUUUCAAGCAAUGUUAUUUCAAAUAACGUUUUUUAAGAAGUUUUGCCCUUUUUUCUAGGUUGACCAGAGAUUCUCCCAGCUUCAAGGAUGAGUUGGAUGUAAUGAAAUUCAUCUGUAAAGACUUUUGGACUAAGGUUUUCCGGAGGCAGAUUGACAAUCUCCGAACGAACCAUCAGGUAAAUUAAGAAUAAAGUAUGCAAAUGGAUUUUUUUUGUAUGCGGACUUGAGAUUUGUGUCCUCUCUUAGAUACAACUCUCAAAAUCCCCUUGAAUACAUCAAUCCUUGAAACAAAAUCACGCCAUGAUUUCUCUUUUUCAUAGGGUACAUAUGUAUUGCAAGACAACAAGUUUUCCCUGCUGACUCAGCUCUCAAGUGGAAAACAGUACCUAGAUCAGGCUCCUAAGGUUUGUGUACACUUUUUCUUCCUCUCAUCUUUAAGUCAAUCUCAUCGUGGGUGUGACUAAUUUGCAUGCGUGUGUGUUUGUAUGUUUUUACAGUACCUUGCCUUUUCAUGUGGUGUGGUAAGAGGAGCUUUGUCUAACCUCGGUCUGGACAGUGUGGUGACUGCUGAGGUCUCUGUUAUGCCGUCAUGUAAGUACAGUCAGAAGUCCUGUCAUUGUUUAGUUUAUUCUGGGUAAAGCAUGAAGGGACAGAACUUGCGAAUUAGUGUCAAUCAAAUGUUUAACCUUUUUUAUUUUUUGUUGUGUUUCACCAGGUAAGUUCCAGGUAGUGAUCCAGAAAUUGUGAUCUGUUCCUCUCUGCUUCCAUUGUGACGAGGAUUGGUUUCAUGCAAGGUUGUUUAUCUUAAGAAGAGGAUAGUUGUUCCUGUCUAACCAGAGGGACUCAAACACAACCCUGAUUUCUACAAAUAUGUCAAACAGGACUUGCAAGGUACUGCUAACAGCUAGGUACACACAACAGAAAAAAGGUUUAGAUCAGACUCUCAGAAAGUUACUUGACUCUUCUUUUAUACUAUUGUUCAAAAAAGUAAAUUAAUUUAUAAUGUUCCUCUCUUUGUUUUCCCAAAUUAAGUGGACCCCACUUGGUUGGGUUUUGACUACCUGUGGCUGUGAAUACAUAAAUGUGAAUGUAUAGUAAAUCACUAGUUAACUUAAUAUCCUUUGUAUAGUGUUGCAAUGUUGAUUCCUGAAAAUGAGAGGACUGUGUGCUAACUUAAGAUAUUCAGAGUUAGUCCAAUGUUACAUUGGAUGAUAAUUCAGGACGAUAAACUGCCAAAACAUCUCCUCAUGGAAACACCUAAAAAUAAAAGCCAGAAACCUCUGACAAGUAUUGCACCUGAAAUACCAGCGAUAUAAUUCAACACGUGUGGACUCUGAAUACCCAGCUACUGGUGCUGUCCCUGCCUUGAAGCAGAUUGCCUUUAUGGGCUGGUGCUUUGUUAUGAGGCAGAAUCUGAAUCUAGAAGGAAUAAUUGGUGCAGUAAUUUUGCGGUACAUCUUCUUAGUUAUUUUUCUACUUCUUUCUCUCGAGUCAUCACAUUUCACAGCUGACAAUUGAAGCUGAGCAUGUAGGUUAUAUUUUGUGUACUAAGCAGUGAACUUUUGUUCUUUGUGGUGGUUUUUAGAGUUCCCCUACAUGGCUGUACAUUGAUCUCAUCCUAGUGUGAGACUGUUGGGCUGUUUCACAUGUGUGUUUGCUUAUUGUUUUAUUCAUUAUACAUAAUAUUUUCCCAGUAAUCAGGCCUGUUGAAAAAGAAAGGACAAAGGUCUACCUCUUGUGUAGAUACUGUUGCAUCUUGGUGCCACUAGAGGGACACAUUAAGCUAUCACUGAAACUACCACCAUCUCCAUGUCUGUUACAAGGAAACUUUCAGGUCUUUUGUUUUUUUUUUUUUUUGACAGUGAAUUGUUUUCUAUCAAACAACUGGCCUCUCUCUUUGAUAACCUUCCAGUGUUCAUCAGCCAGUGCCCAUACUUGAGCAUAAGCUGAGCUGUAUGAAAAAUCUUAAGAACAAUGAAAACAGCACCAUAUAAUUCUUGUAUUUGUGUCAAUGCAACAAAAUUAUCUUAAAAUAAGAUAACUUCAGAUAUUCCGAUAUUUGCUACUGACACGACAAACCUUACAUGCAGCAGCUAGUUUACAAAGCCUGUUUAUGUUCGGUUGUGACAAUAACAAUGAAGUAAUUUUGCAGAAAUUGAAUCAAAAGCAGAAUCAUGACUUUGCUGUUUUACACAACAAAGUCUCUAGACUUGUCCACGACUUUAGAUGGCAUAACAAAGAAAGUCAAACACACUCAGAAAAAGAAGACUGAAAUGAUUCUUUAUGCAGUUUUUUUCCUCCUCAUUAUAACACAUUUGACUUGACUGUAACUAUAGGCCCCUUUCCCAUCAUCCCCUCUUAAGUUAUUAAUAUUUCUUUCAUGUUUUUUGAUCCAUAUCAUGAGCUUGGUAUUAAGAGGUUACCAUUGUAUGUGAGUGUACUUCACUUCCUGUAUAUGAAGUAUCAAAGUUAUAUCCAAGUGGGCUAAUCUGCAACACCAGUUCUAUGAGAAAGUUGUGAAAGAAGGCCGAGUCCUUGUUUUUAUUGUUCAGAUGUAAGAUUUGGCUCAACAUUUGAAUACUGUGGAUUUUGUUAUUUUUAUAUUUUAGUACAACACCGCAUUGAAAGUACUGCAGUAGAUGGAUCAUGGUGCUCAAUCUGCCAUUCCUUUUUUUUCUGAUUCACCCUUGUCUUUACUCCAGUAUUCCACCGCCAGAGUGUGAUAGUUUUACAGAAUAAAAGUUGUCAAAUGUGGCUUUAUUCGUUGAGUGUGCAUUCAGUUUUUCAUUCUCUUAUAGGAUGUGGUUUGAAAAACAUUUGUGUGGAUCAUGGGCUGUACAAAUCCAGGGUACAGUCUCAGUGAUAUCCUUUUUUUCUGCUCCUGAAGAGGGUUUUGAAGUCCAAUGAUGGUGGUUAAUAUAUUAAGAAUGCUGACUCAGCCUAACUUUCAGUGAUUUUGGACACAGACAAGAGGUUUGUCCAAAAGGUCCCUAACAAAAAAUAACCAAAGAACCCACCUAUUCGUCACUUCAUCCGUGCAUAACUCUGUCUUAACAUUUAAAAUUUAUCUUCAUCACUGGUUAUUCAAUAUUUUUCAGUCAUUAAGUUUGGAAAAAGUUCUUGUAAAUAAAAUAUUUCUAAACUGGA